AUGGAGCAAAACAAGGAUAGUCAGAUUAAGUUCGAAGGCGUUCGUCGCGAUAGUCUCGGAUCGCAGAACUCUCAGACUGCCAAAGACUUCCUCGAGGAUCAACUGCGACUCGAGGCAGACGCGCGCGAAGCCCUUCCUUACUCUUUCGAUUCAUGCACUUAUGAACUAGGCCCAUUACGCCAGAUCCUCUUCGCCUGCUUAACCUGCAAUCCUCCCCCCGGAAACGAAAACGAAGAAUACAAAACCGCAGCCGUAUGCUACUCUUGCUCCAUCGCUUGCCAUGGCGAACACACUCUGGUAGAGCUUUUCAAUAAGCGGGAUUUUAUCUGUGACUGUGGAACCACCCGUAUGCCCGCAACAUCACCCUGCACACUGCGCGAAGAUCUCAAGACAAAUCAGAAGGGCGUCCACUCUCAAGAGGCCGCUAAGGGGAACAAGUACAACCAGAAUUUCCAGAAUCGAUUUUGUGGCUGCAGCGAAAAGUACGACCCAAACCAAGAGAAGGGUAUUAUGUUUCAGUGCAUGGGCCUUGGAUCUGUUGAGUCAGGUGGCUGUGGUGAAGAUUGGUGGCAUCCUGAGUGUCUUAUUGGUCUCCCCAGGGACUGGUAUAAGAAGAUGGAGAGUGAGAAGAAACAAGAACUCCUAGGUGGCGGUGAUGCUGCCGCUGAUGAGAAUGAUGAAACUCCCCUGCCACCUGGUUUCCCUGCUGAGGAUGACUUCGAGCACCUCAUUUGCUUCAAGUGUAUCGACUCUAAUCCCUGGCUGAAGCGCUAUGCCGGAACUAAGGGCUUCAUGCCGCCUGUCUAUCAAGAUGGAGGCUUGAAGGACACAUCUCAGGAGAUUAAGAAAGAUCCGGAGAACAGCAAGAAGCGUAAAGCUGAAGAUGACGCUGAUGGCGAGCCAUUUGCCGUAGAGUCAAAUGCAAAGCGCACCAAGGAAGAAUCUCCUAAGGCUGAAGCCGAGCCUUCAAGUCUUGCAUCUAUCCCUGAAGAACAACCAUCGACGAAACAGGAAUCCUCUGAGGAAACCCAACCCAAAGAUGAACCUGAAUCCACCAUCCCCUCUCAAACCGUACCGAAACACACCUCCCUCCCCACUUCCGCCCCAGCUGAAUCAUUCUCCCUCUUCCUGAAAGAAGGAUUCCUCGACUCCUUCUGCCGCUGUGCAGAAUGUUUUCCCAAGCUAGUUCCCUACCCACAACUCCGUGAAGAAGAAGAUACCUACGAACCACCACUUUCUGAAGAUGGGGAUGCUGGUCCAGGUAGCACAGGGACGGGUAGUAUUCUUGAACGUGGCGAGGCGGCGCUCAGCAAUGUUGAUCGUGUGAAAGCUAUUGAAGGUGCAAUGAUUUAUAACCACCUUCGUGAUAAAGUUAAGGAUUUCUUACGUCCGUUUGCGGAGUCUGGGACUGCUGUUAGCGCGGAUGAUGUUAAGGGGUACUUUGAGAGAUUGAGAGGUGAUGAGAAUGGUAUUAAGGAUGCGGCUAGUCGGGCUGAGGCUGAGGGUGGUGAUUCAGAGGAUAAUCGACGCGAGCAGAAUGGCUACUGA